AUGUCCUGCUACGACCUGUCCCCCAGCUCUGCCUGCGGCGUCCUCCGCCCCCAGCCCCUGGCUGAGAGCGGCAACGAGCCCUGUGUGCGCCAGUGCCCCGACUCCACCACUGUGAUCCAGCCACCCCCCGUGGUUGUCACCUUCCCCGGGCCCAUCCUCAGCUCCUUCCCUCAGGAUUCAGUCGUGGGAUCCUCCGGAGCCCCCGUUCUCGGAGGCUUUGGGGGCUCCCUGGGCUAUGGGGGUUAUGGAUCCCUGGGUUAUGGGGGUCUGUGGGGUUAUGGGGGAUAUGGAUCCCUGGGUUAUGGGGGUCUGUGGGGUUAUGGGGGAUAUGGAUCCCUGGGUUAUGGGGGUCUGUGGGGCUGUGGGGGGUCCCGGGGUCUGUGGGGCUAUGGCAGAUCCUUUGGCUCUUGCAGCCCUUACUCCUGGUACGGCAGGUACGGCCGUGGCAGCUGCUGGUCCUGCUGA